AUGUCUCAGCCAUCAGUCGAAUACCUGCGUUUCACAGGUCACCAGUCCUUUGCUCGGCGGCUCACCAUCUCGACCCUCACCGGCCGUCCCAUUCACAUCUCCAAGAUCCGCAGCACGUCGCCGACGAACCCCGGCCUCGCACCCCAUGAAAUCUCCUUUCUGCGCCUCAUCGAGGCCAUCACCAAUGGCAGCUCGAUGCAAAUCUCGUACACAGGCACGACCAUGACCUACCACCCGGGAUUGAUCACGGGAACGAUUGCCGGACAGGGUGCGGCCGAGGGGGACGUGAUCGACCAUCACAUUCCCGAUACCUGCACCCGCGGCAUCACCUACUUCCUCAUGCCGCUCUGCCUUCUCGCCCCCUUUUCCAAGGCUCACAUGAACGUGCGGUUUUCCGGCCCCGGCGUCAUCACGUCGGCCACCGAGACGGGCGAUCCCUCGGUCGACACCUUUCGGACUGCCAUCCUUCCCCUCUUCGGCCUCUUCGGAAUACCACCGGCUCGAAUCGAGCUUCGAGUCCUUUCGAGAUCCUGCGCCGGCCCCGGAGGCAAGGGCGGCGGUGGAUCUGUCGAGCUCCGAUUCGCCAGCCAGGUCAGACUUCCGAAAACGUUGCACCUGAAUCGGAAUCCGGGCCGGAUAAAGAGGAUACGGGGUGUCGCAUACUGCACCGGCGUGUCAGCAUCGAACAACGCGCGCAUGAUCCACGCCGCGCGUGAGAUCCUGAACCCUCUCGUCUCCGACAUCCACAUCGCUGCCCAGUACGACCAGGCGCCCCUUGUGCCGACGGACAAGGCCGGAAGCAAGCGACGGCUGGGCAUCGGAUUCGGCCUAAGCCUCGUGGCAGAGUCGAGUUCGGUCGGGGUCCUGUACUCGGCAGACGUCGUCGUGCCCCCGUCAGGAGGCGUCGUGCCGGAGGAUACGGGGAAGCAGUGCGCCUUUCAGUUGCUCGAAUCGAUCGCGCAAGGAGGCUGCGUGACUCAGGUGUCGGCCAGCACCGUCCUGAUACUCAUGGCCAUGGGGUCCGAGGACGUCGGUAGGCUAAGGGUAGGCAGAGAAGUCAUUGGGACCCAAGACCUGGUCGGGCUCGCGAGAGAUCUCAAGACGUUUGGCGCCAGCAGCUGGGGACUACGAGAUGUCGACGACGAGUCGGACGACAUCAUCAUUUCGGUCAAGGGGUCGGGCGUUGGCAACGUUGGCAGGAAAAUAGCGUAG